AUGGAAGUGCCUGAAUGGCUCCUGGCAGCAUACCCCAAUCGUCAGUCCUGGCGUUCCUUAUGCCGCUGCGCCUUGCGUCUGAGCCCCGGAACGCACUCCGCGGGGCUGGAGAUGGAAAGCACGGAACUGGGCUUUUUGGUGGAGGCCGUUGGUGAUGAACCCGGUCAAGAGCCACAGCUGAAGCCUGGUGUUUUGAUCCUGGAAAUUGCGGCCGCUCCUCUGGUGGGCUUGGAGCCGGAUGAUUUGGAUGCCGCCUUCGGAAGACAUUUUGCCCAUGGAGCAGGGCUGCUCCUGGUUGAUGCUGAGGAGUUAAGACGCGCAACCAUCGAGAGAGAUUCUCAAGGUGAAUGUCCUUGCAACGAAGCUGACGACGCUGAGGAGUUUGACAAGGAAGUUCUGCAGGCCAACACUGAGAUCCUAGAGCACGGCAGCGUUAUGAAUCUGCGACUAUGUCCUGCCACAAAACUCCGUGAGCUGCCCGCGGCGACCCGGCGCCUUCUCUCGGAGGACCUGGGGCACUUCGCCGCGCAGCGGCAGCUGCGCGCGGAGCUGCACUGCCCGGAGGCCACCACCGCGUCGGCCAGGUUGACCCUCUGCGGCAUGCCGGAAGAUGUCUCUGCAGCACAGGCGGAAGCAGAAGAGAUCAUGAGAUUCUACGACCUCUUACCAUGUGAAGAAGAAGCCAGCAUUUUAGAGGUGGAGGGAAUGACGUUGAAGUCCCUCCCCGCGAGGCAUCGGCGCCGGCGGAAGGCUCCAGAGUCAGCUGAGGGAGAGAAGGCGGGCAAAAUGGCCUUGCUGGAAGCUACUGACGGCUACCACCAGCCAAACGCUGAAGUUGCCCAAAAAAUCGCCGUGCCAAGUACCGAAGAAGUUCGCCUCUAUGAGUACUUGGACCACACUGCGGAUGUGAUCCUGCACUCCUGGGGCAAGACGUUGGAGGAAGCCUUCGAGCAAUGCUGUGUUUGUUUCUUUUCCUACUUGACUGACCUGGACACGGUGUCCAUGCUGAGUUCCGUGGAGGUGCAGACCACUGGGCACGAUCUCACGGAUUUGUUCUUGUUCAGCUUCAGCACAGAGUUCGUGGUCUGUCGCCGGGUGGAAGUUUUCGAGCUGGAUACCGAGAAUCUGAAAGUCUCCGCGCGGGGGUAUGGUGAGAAAUUCGAUCUUCAAAAGCAUCCGCAAGGAACUGAAAUCAAGGCCAUCACUAUGCACCAGAUGAAGGUCCUAACCCCUACGAAUGUGACCACUGAGGAGGGCACCAUGCUCCGAGUGCCGUGGCGUCGCGUGACCGGCGUCCGGAUCUGGAUCUGUCAGGUCGAAUCCUCCAUGGAAGGUGGACAGCUACGACCGGAUCAUCCCUUCGAGUGCUACGUCCUGGUAGACAUCUAUCACAGUGAUCACAGUCAGCGGCUUUCAGAUCAAGCAAGGACAGACGACGAUGAGGCAGAUGAGACGAAGGAAGAUAGGGAACCCAGUGAGCCAAGCCCCAAGUUUCCAGAGGUCUUCUUGCCACCAGUGGCAUAUCCUGAGCCCGAGGCAGAAACUGUUCAGGAGUCACCAGUGGAGUCUACCGAAGGUCACGACCCAGACCGCACCAUCUUCUGGCACCAAACUGUACGACAGUUCUAUGAGGUCUACCUACACGGAAGAUGGAAUGAAGUCUCACGAUGGCUGCUGCUGCUGCAUGUGUCGCAUUGGCGGCAGCUCUUGGAUUUCGGUGGAGACCUCCGCGGCUUCGUCUUCACUUGGAGCCAUGCCAAAGCACCACCGCCCGUGCCAGUGGAGCUACUGGAAUAUCUGGCGCAAGUGCUGUUGCUCCGGCGGGAGCCGAAGAAAGCUCCGGGGAUGGUCAUGGAGUCGCUGCCUCUACCGUACAUGCACCUGGCGCUGCUGUCGCGGCAGCUCUGCCUCUCCAGCGACCGGAAGAGCGUCCAGACGUCUGCGCCGACGUCGGUGCCGAAGGUCUUGCAGUUUGCGGUGCGGCUGGGAGGUAUGCCAUCCGUGGCCUCCCUCUUGCAGCAUUUCGGCAAGUCGCUGGCGGAGGAGGGUGGCCGCCACAGCUGGUGGCACUUCGAAAUGGCCUGGCAGCAAUGUGGACAGAAAGUCCUGGCAGAGUGCCAGGGUCUCUUGUUGGAGCUCUACCCACGUCACCCCGUGGCCGAGAGGGAGGAAAUGGAGACGGCCGACAGGAUGGAGACAUUGCCCAGCUUGCCAAGCCUUCUAAGCACGGCAGCUCUGCAAUUUUCCAUCCAGACUUUGGGUUUGCCGAGCCAAGGGCUAUGGAACGGCGACGGCUCGGCGACGGCGCAGAGGAACUUAACGGAUUCCCGGGCGCUCUACCAUUGCCCUGAACCAGACAGCGGCUGGUGCUUCAGCAGCCCAGGCGGCGGCAUCUUCUCCGAGGUCUUGCGGUCUUCCUUUGCCAUCGAGCCUCAAUCCUUUGCGGCCGCUGAUCGCUUCCUGCUGUGCUUGAUGGAUGCGCUGGCCUUGUCGAAGUCUCCCAGAUUUCAGGUGGCUGAAGAUGGCUCCGUUCCAGAUGGAGACGUCCCUGAGAUUCGAACCUUCUCGAGACUUCUUCGAGUCUUGCUCCAGGCCUACUUCAUCGACCCUGCGCUGCUGGCCGCGGCGGCUGAGACUCGUGACGCCGUUGCUGGAGCCACUGGAGCCUUUGCCGCCCCUUCGGACCCGGAUGAGUUGGUGCCGGUCUUACAGUCCGGACCUCUGAGGAGGAGUUUGGCCUUUAUGGAGCAAUCGCCGCUGUUGCAAGUGGUUCAACGUCGACUCUGCAGCACGGUCUUUGAGGACGUGGAGGGCAGCACGGAGCAGUUGACCAAGUUUGCUCUGAGGGACUUGAGGGUGAUGUGGUUCGAUCUCCGAAGGUCGACGUGCACCUUAAAGCGGCACGCUGGAAGCAGCAGCGGCUCGUAUCUCCUGCUGAUGAAGCCCUUGAAGUUGCAGCUGUCUUGCGAUUGCCUUGCUGAGUUAGCAACAUUUCCAUACAUGACGCUGGCUGCUGGUGCGCAGGUCAUCGUACGUGGCCUGGUGCUGUCCAUUUCCUGGCGCUGGAUGCCCAACAAGGGACUGGACUUGGAGGAGGUCAUGGUGAACGUCCCAGAGCUGGAGAUCAAACUGAGCGAAGCCACACCCUUGCUGUCCAGGAUUGCAGUCUCCGCCAUCCUCUCCAUCUUUCAAAGUACGCUGCAGGAGCAUUUGCAGCUGCAACUGAAACGCAUCCUGUCGCGGAUUUUGGAGCGCGAAAUCAGCAGGUGGAAUGCGAACACUUGGUCCUUUCUGCAGCGGAUGGUACCGGAAGAUCUGAUGAUGGAUGCUAUGCAGUGGCUGGAUGAGAAUAUCCCACCUGAGGGUUUGCCCAUCUGA